AUGCAAGUGUCCGUUGGAAUGAACAACGAUUCUAUUGACCCCUCCAAAUCCACUAUACAAGCUGGCGUCUGUCCGACCCCAUCCACUGGACAACCAAGAGCCAUAUCCCUUACUUUAGGUGACUUCUCUACUUCGUUGUCAGCUCCUCUGGAUGAGGCUUUAGCCCGCAACGGUCGUGAAACUGACACUGGUGGAACGCCUAGUGGAGCGUCCAUUCCUCCGCCCGAUCCAGCCUGGGAGUCUGAGAGUCUAAAAUACGAUGUUCUUGCUGAGCUAACUAGCAACUCUUCCCGGAGGGUUUCACGAGUCACCUUUGCUCCUGAGCCCGAAGUUUUUAUCACGCGUGCGUGCUCUUUUUACACUAUCUAA